GGCUGGGAGCUGCGGGUCCCGGAGUCCCUGCAAGGUUCCCUCUCGCAGCUUCUUUCCCAGCCCAGUCCAACCUCACCAUGGUGGACGCCUUCGUGGGCACCUGGAAGCUAACAGACAGCAAGAAUUUUGAUGACUACCUCAAGUCACUUGGUGUGGGCUUUGCUACCAGGCAGGUGGCUUCCAUGACCAAGCCUACCACAAUCAUCGAGAAGAAAGACAGCACUGUCAUCAUAAAAACACACAGCACCUUCAAGAACACAGAAAUCAGCUUUCAGCUGGGAGUGGAGUUUGAUGAGACAACAGCAGACGACAGGAAGGUCAAGUCCCUUGUGACGCUGGAUGGAGGAAAGCUUGUCCAUGUGCAGAAGUGGGAUGGGCAAGAGACAACACUUGUGCGGGAGCUAAGUGAUGGAAAACUCAUUCUGACACUCACCCACGGCAAUGCAGUGAGCACUCGCACUUACGAGAAAGAGGCAUGACCUCCCGGCGCUGUCACUGACUGCUCCUCUGCCAUCUGGCUAUCCCUCGACUCAGUACCGCAUUGCCUCAUUUUUUUUUUCCUGUGGUAUUUUGUAUAAAUCCACUUUGAUUGGGGAAU